CAGACCAGGGAGUGACACUAACAUGAUGUUGCUGAGCUGUCUCGUCUGAGAGUGAGGAAUCUGAACCCACUGCCAGUAAAGGAGGAAACGCAACUAAGUGUGAGUUAUGUCAGAGCUCUUGCUAUCCUCUCUGACCGGAGACCCGCAACCUGCCACUCCAACUAUGAGUGGGAUACGAACUGUUUCAUGGAUAGUUCUAUAGUUACCCGUUUUAUCGUCAAUGGACAAAGAAACCAUGACCACAAACUUCGGUUUAUCUAAAACGCUUCGCAGAUCGGGCAGUCACCCAUCCAGGACCGUCCGGAUUGUGAUAUUGGGCCAAGCGGCAGUCGGUAAAACCGCAAUGGCUGUGCGAUUUAUCACUAAAAGAUUCAUCGGAGAGUACGAUCCAACACUCGAAACCAUAUACAGACACGAGAUGUGUAUCAGCGGAGACGUGGCGCAGUUUGAGAUACUGGACACGGCAGGACAGGAGGAAGAUGCCCUCCUGAUCGAGGAGAAGAUCCGCUGGGGAGACGCUUUCCUCAUUGUCUACUCUGUAACGGACCGCUGCAGCUUUGAUGAGGUCAUGCGUCUCUGCUUCUUGGUUAACCACACCCAUGCCAGUGGCGGUCGCCGCAGCGGCCUAGAGGCCCGCCCUCCGCCCAUGGUCAUAGUAGCCAAUAAGAAGGACCUGGCAUUUGACCGCAUGGUGACCAGGGAGGAGGGGGAGGGCCUGGCACGGGGGCUGAAACUGCCGUUCUGGGAGGUCUCGGUGCGUGACGGGUGGGAGGAGACGGCAGCUGUGUUCCAGGCCCUCUACGCAGACGUGCUCCAGCAGGGGGACUCCGGUCCGGCCUCCUUCCGGCGAAGGGGCGUGUCUAAACUGUUGGAGAAGAUCCCUAGAAUCAGCUCCGGACUGCCCGCUGCCCCCGCAGGAAUCCCUGGCCCUCCCCCUCGCAGCCUCGGCCCCCCAGGGCCCCCCUCUCGCAGUUUCAGCCUCAGCUCCUUCAGGGACUUCCUGCCUGACUGAGGAGGAGGGGGGAGGGAGGGGGUCUGCUUGACCAAAUGAACAGUAGUUGAGGACAUAGGAAAGGAGGAGGGGGAGAGAAGAUGGGUGAGGACUCCAGCGGAUGGGUGUGACUCUGAACCAUACACUGGAGGGUAAACUGAAUUGAUUCAAAGGAUGGACCAAUGACAAGCCUGUAUCUGUAGCCUUGAUGUUUUCUUCAGAGGUUGUGAUGGUAUUUAAGAUUAUGAGACACAAUAUUAUUAGACAAAAACAUGAAAUGUACCAUAACUAAACCUCAGCCACCAUUCCUCAUCUUGAUCUAGACAUGAUACCUUAAUCAUGUUAGAUACCAGAGAUGCUGUCUUCACUGGCUAUGUUGUGAUAAGGUAGGAAUUCCUAACAUGCAACAAAUUAAGAAUGCAGAGUUUCCUGGUCCUGUCUCAUGUUUUUCAUAACAACAACUGAAAACCCAACAAAUUAUACUUAUUACUCAUCCAGCCCUGCAAUCUGACAGUGUCACUAUUAGGACCACCUGCCUCAGAAAAGGCUGCUUGUUUAAGUAUGUUUGAUGUGCUGGAGAGGGACAGGGGUGAAGGAAUGUGCUAUGUGUUGGCUAUACUUAUUUAAUGUGGGGUUGGUUUGUGUGUGAUGUAGGGCACACACGGGGGGAUCACAUGUUUUCUUGUGAGGAUAGGACGUACUGUAUGUAGUGUGGAGGUAAGGUGCGUGUGUGUGUGUGCAGUUAGAGUACUCUGGAUGUGUGUGUAUGGUGGUAGAGGACCAUUGAACCUACCAGAGUUCUAGAGGUUACUGUUUCACCCAAGCAUGGAGGAAAGAUUAGACUGAGAAAUCUGGAGACCCUGAAGCCUCGGGGACCCAGACACCUCCCGCUGGCGCCCCCUGCUGGCUUUUCACCAUGACAUGUUGUUUAGACCAAAACACAAC